CGAUAAGCGAAUUCCUUUGUGGCUUGACAAUGCUAACUUGUUGUCGUUACAAAUGUAUUGGUAAUAUCAUUUUAUUAAUACAAAGUAUGCCCAAUGGAAUCAAUAACUUUUCCCCCUGUCCCGAGUGAAGAAAGUGUGGAUUGGUCUUAUACAAUGAGGAGAGAUAUGCAGGAAAUUGUUCCAGGUGUUUUUCUUGGUCCAUAUGCUGCUGCUAUGAAAUCUAAGAUUCAGGUGUUGCAGCAAGCAGGCAUCACUCACAUUGUGUGCAUCAGACAUAUAGCUGAGUCGCAUUUUGUGAAGCCAAAUUUCCCAGAAUGCUUCUGGUACCUGACACUGGACAUUGCCGACACUGCCACUGAGAACAUCAUACAGCAUAUCCCCAAGGUGAAGCGCUUUGUGGAUGAGUGUUUACACAAAGGUGGAAAGGUUCUAAUACACGGAAAUGCUGGUAUUUCUAGAAGUGCAGCGCUUGUGAUUGCCUAUGUGAUGGAGAAAUAUGGCCUCUCACACAAAGAUGCUUACUUCUAUGUUCAGCAACGAAGAUUUUGUAUAAACCCUAAUGAAGGCUUUUCACAGCAGCUUAAGGAAUAUGAACCUAUUUACCAAGCAAGGCUGUCUCUUCAAAAUGGAGAAAAGUCUGAUGAAAAUGGCAUGCUGAAGAGAAAGGUAAGAGAAGAUGAUGAGGAACAGGAAUUCCACAACCAAGAGAGGUUGUAUUUGCCUGGAACAUGACUUACCUGGAACAUGAUUUAACCUGGAACAUGAUUUAACCUGGGUGCAGAUUUGUACUUUGUCUUCGAGUCGAUGGUUGCGACAACCACAUCUUGCCAAUUGGUGGUUCAUGGAUGGAGAUAUGUGGCAAUUAAGUGCCUUUCUGGAUGGGGACUCAAGUCACACCUUAACUCCUCAGCUAAAAGUUACCGAUAGUUAUUUGCUGGUUUUUGAAGAUUAUAUUAUGCUAGCUAUAUCCUCCUGACUAGAAUGUUGUUCCUAAGAUUUUGACUCUGGACAUGGCAGUGGAUCGAUCUGGCACUGGCAAUGUCAGAUAUACAGUGGACAGAACUGGUCUGACUGGCCAGUACAGUUGACUGGACUGAAACCUGUGACUUCCUUAGUUACUGGAACCAGUGUGUUGCACAAAGUCGCCAUGUUGGAUGGAGAUGUCUGAAGUCAGAAUGGCACAUGCAGUAGAGCUAGGUUGUUUGUUCUUGGAAAAUAAUAGCCAGUCCUGCAGUGAAAAGAGCUGAUGUUUUGGGCAGGCUACUCCAGUUUUCAUUUGUUGUAUUAGGUAAUGAAAUAUUUUGGUUUGUUACACACCUGUUGGUGAGAACAUCAUUCGUUAUUUUGUAUAACACAUACAUGUGUGAUAACAUUUUAAAGACAUACCACUGACUGUUCCUAGGUAAUGACAAGGUCACCAAUGCCAUACCAUCCAAUAAAACAAAGAAUGGUCAAAUCGAGCAUAGACUUGUCUGUGACGCACAAAUUGACUAUAAGCAUAAGGGCCAUAAAUAGGUAGUUUUUUUGAAAAGCCAUUUAAAUUUAUUUUAAAAUGUUUUUUCAAGGUAUGCAAGAAAUAGAUUACAACAUUUGUAUCCUGUUAGAUAUCAUUUAUGUUACAACUUGUUUUAAAACGUAUCCAGCUCUCGUUCGCUCGUCAGAUACGUUAUAAAACAACUUAUUACAUGGUAUCUAAAGGCCAUUCAUAUAGUAUUCUCUGUUUAAUGAUUCAUUUCAUAUAAACCUGGAGUAAGCCUAACCAGUAAGUGCUGUAGAUUGAAGCUUGUUUACCUAACAGUGAUGUUCAAUAAUGACCGUGUUUAGUGGUCCAUCCUGUGAUUAGCUUACCUCGGCAACCCUGGCAGUUAAUCGGCAAUGCAAUUAAUUUCAAUUUCAACUUAUUUUCGUGCUUAUAUCCAAUUACGGUUCAAGCACACUGUCCUGGGCACACACCUCAGCUGUCUGUUCAGGACAGUGGGUUAGUUGUUAGUUAGUGGUUAGUGAGA